UCAAAAGAUUCAUUAGUUUGUCCACGCACACCAACAACAACAAAAGAAUCGUCGUUAUCUUAUCUUGUAUGUUUUCCCAUACUUAACAAUCCUAUAAAGCAAAAAUCUCAAAGUUGUCUUGAAACAUAUUAAUUAGCAUUUACAAUAAAAUUUUGAUUAUAUUAACAAAAAGGAGGAGGAAGAGAGGAUGUUGAAAUUUGAUGCAAUGGAGGAUUUGGAGAAACAAGAGAGGAAGGUAGAAGAGGAAGAAGAGAAGGAGAAAUUGUUGGAGAACAAAGCAGUUUUGGACUUUGAUGUAUUGUGUUCUUCUGUGGCUUUGAAAGCUUCUCAAGGGAAAUGGGGGAAGCUAGGAUCCAUGGAAGAAGAAGAGGAAGAAAGUGGGGUUUUUGGUGGGGUUUUGAGGAUGUGGGAAGGUGAACUUUUUGAUUGCUUCGAUCAUCGUCGCAUUGCUCUAGAAUCCAUAAUUUGUCCUUGCUACCGAUUUGGGAAGAACAUGAAGAGAGCUGGUUUUGGUUCUUGCUUCAUUCAGGCAACAAUUUAUUUGAUUCUUGCAAUUGGUUUCUUCGUUAAUUUCAUUGCCUUUGCUGUCACAAGACGUCAUUGCUUUCUCUAUUUGGCUGUUUCCUUCAUUAUUUGUGUUGGUGCAUAUUUAGGGCUAUUUCGGACACUUAUAAGAAAGAAAUUCAACAUCAAGGAUAGUGAGAGUUCCUUGGACGAUUGUGUUUACCAUUUUGCAUGCCCUUGUUGUACAUUAUCUCAGGAGUCUAGAACAUUGGAGAUGAACAAUGUUCAAAAUGGUACUUGGCAUGGUCGAGGUGACACAAAUUGCAUAGGUGGUUUUGGUGAAAAAAGUAAAGCACACUUUGAGUUACUUCCUCCUCCAAUUAUUACCAUCAAGACUAUCAAUGAGAGUUGUAUUGAAACAAAAACAAAGGUGAAUCCAUCUUGAUUUAAAGGCAGUGCACAAGAUUUGAAACAGUCCUAUUCACAUUCUACGAUACAAUGAAAUUUCUUAGUGAAAAGAAUAAAUAUAUAGGUGAGGAUUUCUACACAUAAUUGUAUAUAAGUAUCAACAAAUGGGGGUCUAAUUUUAUCAAACAUGUUAUGUAGUUUUAUUACUGUCUUGUAAAUUGUAUUGGUGGUACAAGAAUUAUACCUUCGUGUUUUACAACUAUUCAAUAA